AUGCCCCUACAGGCUCUGCGCACUGCUUCCAAGGCCCAGAAUGGCGUUGGCGCCUUCAUCCUGCAAUGCAAACGCCUCGACUUUCACUACUGCGACUGGGCUGGUAGUUCCAAGGGCAUGAACGCUUUCCUCAAGCACGAUCUUCCAGCCUUUGCCCGCGCCAACCCUCAAGUCGAAAUCACCGUCUCGCCCCGUCCGCGCAAACACCCCGUCAUCAAGGGCACAUAUAUCAACGGCCGCGAAAAGGCCAUUUGCGUACGCAGCCUGGAGAAGGAACAAAUCAUGAAGAAGGCCGAGCUCUUGCGUGAUGCCAGCGGCGAAAAGUUGAGAAAGGUCACAAAGCCCGUCAAGAGUAUGAAUGAGAGUGUAAGAGGUAUCUGGGAUCCUUUCCACGGCUCAAAGUGGUCUGUCUGA